AUGGAUGACCCACCGAUGUAUGUGAUGGGAAAAGGAAUGGCUUCUGUCAAUCUUAGACAUGGCAUCGAAUCGAGUAUGGUUUGUCCGCUUUGUAUGUAUGGUCGAAGUCGGAAAUGCAGAAAAUUAAACACUUUGCGACCUGCAGUAAACGCAUUUGUGGAAUAUUGCGGUGUUGGGCUCUGUUUGCAUUUUUGCCGCCGAGGAAUUGUCUGGCGACCUUUAGCUAAUGAGACGAACGGAGAAUGGAAUGCAUGUAGGGGUUUUGAAGAAAAUGUAAUAGGCUGUAUGUUGGGAAUAUGUCAAAGUUUGAGGCGGUUUUUAGGAUUUCAGGAGUGGUUUAGACGAAGUGCUGAAGCAUAUAACUGA